AUGUCAGUACAUGCCAACGGAAAGACCCCCGUUCAGGCCUUCAGCCGAUCACCUUUUCGAACCCGCCGCGACUUUCAAGACGCAUGCCGGGCACUCCUGGAUCCUCUCGUUCCGCGCUUCACACCGGGAUGCAGUCGAGUGAAGAUUGGUUCGUCGACGACUCGUUUCGACGAAGGUGGUGCCCAGAUUGAGGGCUUCGCACGUCCACUGUGGGGUUUAGCUGCUCUACUGGGAGGCGGAUAUCAGUACCCAGAUGCAGUGCGUUGGUACCAGGGACUCAUCAACGGGACGGAUCCCCAGAGUCCAGAGUACUGGGGAGAUAUAGAGGAUCUCGACCAGCGCAUGGUGGAAAUGUGUCCCCUUGGGUUUGCGUUGGCAGUCGCUCCGCAUGUAUUCUGGGAUCCGUUGACGAUCCAGCAGAAGCACAAUGUUGCGAAUUGGUUGGCUAGUAUUAAUGAGCGUGAGAUGCCCAAUACGAACUGGUUGUGGUUCCGGGUCUUUGCCAACUUGGGUUUGAGGAGAAACGGUGCACCUUAUUCGCUUCCCCGUAUCGAAGCGGAUAUGGAUCAUUUGGACACCUUCCAUGUUGGUGGAGGCUGGAGCAAUGACGGUCCAAAGAGUCACCAUCAGAUGGAUUACUACUCCGGCUCGUUUGCAAUCCAGUUCUUGCAACUACUUUAUUCGAGACUGGCAGCCGAUUUCGACCCGCUACGGGCUGAACGGUAUCGAGAAAGGGCGAGACAAUUUGCCCUUGAUUUCGUGUACUAUUUUGAUGCAGAUGGAGCUGCCAUCCCCUUCGGAAGGUCCAUGACAUAUCGAUUCGCUAUGGCUGGAUUUUGGGGAGCCCUUGCUUUUGCAGACGUCGCGCCCCCGGCACCACUCACCUGGGGUGUUGUCAAGGGCCUUCUGUUGAGACAUUUCCGCUGGUGGGCAACCCAAGAGGACAUGUUCAACAGUGACGGAACGCUGAAUCUCGGAUACUCAUACGCAAACAUGUACCUGACAGAGAACUAUAACUCUCCCGGCUCACCCUAUUGGUGUUGUCUUUCAUUUGUCCCUCUGGUACUGGGAGAAACACAUUCAUUCUGGGCAGCCAAGGAGGAGCCAUACCCAAUCGCCUCCCUCUCGCCUGUUGCAGCGCUGCAGUAUCCCAAGCACAUCGUAGUCCACCGUGGCGGCCAUUCAUUCCUGCUCUCCUCUGGACAAGCCUGCCACUACCCCUUAAAGGCAACCCAGGCAAAGUACGGCAAAUUCGCCUACAGCGCAUCAUUCGGAUACUCCGUCCCGACAGGCUCCUACCAACUGGAACAGCACGCCCCAGACACCUCCACCUGGAAGCCCUGGUCAGACGUGGAAGUAGAAACAUACCUGAUACCGCCGCUUGAAGAAAGCGAGAACUGGCAUAUCCGCGCGCACCGCGUCCGCACAGGGCGAGACCUCAUGACAUCUGAAGGCGCUUUCGCCAUCUACGGGUGUCGGAGCGAUAAUGGCCGGAUUCUGGGCUCCUUAGCGGACCGGCCCUCCGAGGGGACUUUGCAGGAAUCUCAGAAGGCGCUCACGGUUUCCUCUGUUGGAGCCGUGGGCAUUGUAGAGCUACUGCCUGGUGUGGAUCGGGCUGGGAGGGUGGUCCUCGCUGAUCCUAACUCGAACCUCAUGUAUGGCCGUACUCUGCUGCCCUCUUUGGGGGCUGAUCUGCGCUCUGGAUCUGAGCGUUGGUUCGUGACUGCUGUCUUUGCUUUGCCUGCUCAUGGGGAUGGGGAUGGGGAUGCAUGGCGGCAGAAAUGGGAACGGCUACCUGCCAUUCCGGAGUGGUUGAAACGGGUUAUAGAGAGCGGUGGUCAAUGA